AUGGCAGUGAACACCAAGGACCUGAUGUACCACCGGCAUGUGGCCACCAGCAGGUACCGGUGUUCCUCCAACGAGGAGCUGCGUGUACAACCCAAGAGCAGAGCAGCAGGAGGCGCUUGUACGACUCGAGUACACGGGCAACCCACGGGUCGUCAACACCGCGAUACCGUGAUCGGCGCAGGGGCGAAGCGCCCCAGCGCGACGUGCCUGGCCUCCCAAAUGUCCGAGGGGUGGCGCCUCAGUCAUAAUGCCCAACCGGCAACGCAUGAGCACUUGAUGAAAACGCUGGGGCAUUGUUGCUUCAGUGUGCUCCAACCAAUUGAGACGCGCACCCCUAGGCGGGGCCGCUUUCAUCCAGUUCAUAUAGCGAUAAGCCUUGGCUCUGGUGAUCCCUAUGGGGAAAACGCGGGGGUCACCCAAGGUAUUCGGACACUCCCACCGUGCAUCAAGCCGCUUGGCAAAUACUUUAAGAAUGCUCUCAACUGGCAAAAUAAGGGUGGCGUAAUGCGCUAUGAGAUCAUCAUCGCGCGUAUUAGUGGGGGUUUCCGCUCCCAAGCUAGUAAGAAAGGCCAGUACCUUGCUUGUCCAGCACCCAGUAAGUGCCAAUUCCAGGAGCGGGUUCUGGCGUUGGAGCGGCGCAUCAGGGAGCAGUCGGAGACCAUCCAGGCACUCCAGAACCGUCUACGAGAGCUGCAGGAGGAGGAGGCCGCCGCGUCCGCGAUCAAGAUGCCGCCGUCGCCGCUGCUGCAGUCGCCCCUGCCACUACCAUCGCCAUCGCCUACCACUGCUCAGCAGCACCGCUAA